CAGCAAAGGGCCGCCCCUCCCAAACCUGGGAUUCCUGGCUGACGGACUUCCCCUGCGAGACAGCCCUGCCUGCAGUGCUCCAGCCUAGUGCAAGCAGGGACUGAGGUCUCCACAAUGCUGCUGCUGCACAGAGCUGUGGCCCCCGGGCUCCGACAGGUUUGCAGACAAAGGUCAACCCUCUCAAGGCUCUGCAUUCAGGCCUCCUCUACAAGUGAUUCAUGUCAACCUCAGCACCCCAGCCUCACCUUCUCUGGUGAUGCCUCCAGCACCCGGGGAUGGAGAGUCAUGGGGACCCUAUUAGGCCUCGGUACAGUGUUGGCCUAUCAUGACCAUCGGUGUAGGGCCGCUCAGGACUCAACAAGAGUAUACACUAAGGAGGAAGUGAGUUCCCAUACCAGCCCUGAGACUGGGAUCUGGGUGACUCUGGGCUCUGAGGUCUUUGAUGUCACAGAAUUUGUGGACUUACAUCCAGGGGGGCCAUCAAAGCUGAUGCUAGCAGCUGGGGGUCCCCUGGAACCCUUCUGGGCCCUCUAUGGUGUUCACAACCAGUCCCACGUGCGUGAGUUACUGGCUCAGUACAAGAUCGGGGAACUGAACCCUGAAGACAAGGUGCCCCCCGCCUUGGAGACCUCUGACCCUUAUGCUGAUGAUCCAGUGCGUCACCCAGCCCUCCAGGUCAACAGCCAGCGCCCCUUUAAUGCAGAGCCCCCCCCUGAACUGCUGACAGAAAACUACAUCACACCCAACCCUAUCUUCUUCACCCGGAACCAUCUGCCUGUACCUAACCUGGAUCCAGACACCUAUCGCUUGCACGUAGUAGGGGCACCUGGGGGUCAGUCGCUGUCUCUGUCCCUGGAUGACUUGUACAAGUUUCCCAAGCAUGAGAUCACAGUCACUCUGCAGUGUGCUGGCAACCGGCGCUCUGAGAUGACUCAGGUUAAAGAAGUAAAAGGGCUGGAGUGGAAGAUAGGAGCCAUCAGCACUGCACGCUGGGCUGGUGCACGACUCUGUGAUGUGUUAGCCCAAGCUGGUCACCAACUCCGUGAAACUGAGGCCCAUGUCUGCUUUGAGGGAUUGGACUCUGAUCCCACGGGGACUGCCUAUGGAGCAUCCAUCCCUCUGGCUCGGGCCAUGGACCCUGAAGCUGAGGUCCUGCUGGCAUAUGAGAUGAAUGGGCAGCCUCUGCCUCGUGACCAUGGCUUCCCUGUGCGGGUGGUAGUUCCUGGUGUGGUGGGUGCCCGCCAUGUCAAAUGGCUGGGCAGAGUGAGUGUGGAGCCAGAGGAAAGUUGCAGCCACUGGCAACGGCGGGAUUACAAAGGCUUCUCUCCGUCUGUGGACUGGGACACUGUAGAUUUUGACUCAGCUCCAUCUAUUCAGGAACUUCCUGUCCAGUCAGCCAUCACAGAGCCCCGGGACGGGGAAACUAUAGAGUCAGGGGAGGUGACCGUCAAGGGCUAUGCAUGGAGUGGUGGUGGCAGGGCCGUGAUCCGGGUGGAUGUGUCUCUGGAUGGGGGCCUAACCUGGCAGGCAGCUGAGCUGUGUGGAGAGGGACAGCGCCCCAGGAAGGCCUGGGCCUGGCGUCUAUGGCAGCUGCAAGUCCCUGUGCCGCCUGGGCAGAAGGAACUGAACAUUGUUUGUAAGGCUGUGGAUGACAGCUACAACGUGCAGCCAGACACCGUGGCCCCAAUCUGGAACCUGCGAGGUGUGCUCAGCAAUGCCUGGCAUCAUGUCCACGUCCGUGUCACCCCAUGAGAGUAUGGAAUGGAGCUGUCCACACCCCUGAGCCACCUCAACCCUCUUCCCCCACCCAUUGGCCUCAUUUUCCACCUCCCCACUUGGGUCACAAACCCGGUACUGUGCCUUCCCUGCCAUACCCAGGUCCAGGCACCUCCGUCCUUGCACACUAUGUUACAUACCCCUCUUGGCCUCUGACCCUGAGCCAGGAAGUGUGAGCUGUUGGAGCAAGGGGCUGGAGCUGAGAAAAGUAAUUCCAUUUUCUCUUCCUACCCCACCUCCACUUCUAAUGCCUGUCACCAUCAAGGCCUUGUUUUUUCUUCUUGGAUUCUUCAGAGAAUGUGUGAGAAAAGUGUAUAUACUACUUUCGAUUGCCUCUCUGGAUUGCCAGAGGGUCACGAGGACACUGAGAGGUGCAACCCUCUCUCUUAAUCUACUUUUCUAAAUAUUCCAAUAAAGUGACUGAUCAUG